AUGUUGGAGUUUAUUCGUGCUAACCAAACCAUCACUAGAGGCCACAAUAUAUUCUGGGAGGACCCCAAAUAUACACCACAAUGGGUGUGUGACCUUACAGGACCUGAAUUACAAUUAACUGUCAAUUCGUGUAUACAAAGUCUAAUGAACAAGUACAAAGAAGAAUUCAUACACUGGGAUGUUAGCAAUGAAAUGCUUUACUUUGAUUUCUAUGAGCAACGACUUGGCCCUAAUGCCACAUUGCAUUUCUAUGAGAUAGCACACAUGUCAGAUCCAUUGGCAACCCUCUUGGUGAAUGAAUUUAAUGUGGUUGAGACUUGCAGUGAUGUGAAUUCCACAGUUGAUACUUACAUUCCAAGGAUGAGAGAACUCGAACGUGGUGGUGUUUCAAUGGAUGGGAUUGGUUUAGAGGGUCAUUUUACUAUACCAAACCCUCCUUUGAUGAGAGCUAUUCUAGAUAAGUUGGCCACAUUAGGGCUUCCUAUUUGGCUUAUAGAGGCUAUUUACUUAGAAGAAGUAUUGACAGAAGGCUUUUCACAUCCUUCUAUGAAUGGAAUUAUGCUUUGGACUGCACUACAUCCUAAUGGGUGUUAUCAAAUGUGCCUAAUUGAUAAUAAUUUCCAAAAUUUGCUUGUUGGAGAGAUGGUUGACAAGCUACUUAAGAAUGGAAAACAGGGGCGGUACAAGGUGUAA